CAUCAAAAUAUCCAGAUACAGAUUCCAUGGCUGCAGUCGACAUGGAAAAAAUGCAUAUUAUAAAUGGAAACUCUUAGCAACUAUAUUUGCAAAUACUAGAAAAUGAAGCUCUUUGUUAUUUUCCUCUUUUACUUCUUCUCCCUGUCAUUACCUUCCUACUCAAAGAGGUGCAACUUAAAGGACGAAAAGGUCCUCUUAAAAAUCAAGCUAGCCCUUAAUAACCCAUACCAUUUGGCCUCAUGGAUCCCAGACACUGAGUGCUGCAACUGGUACUGUGUAGACUGUGAUCCCAGCACCAACCGCAUCAAUGCCCUCACCAUCUUCCAGGGUAAUAUUUCUGGACAAAUCCCGGCUGAAGUCGGAGACUUGCCUUUUCUAGAAAUACUAAUUUUCCGUCAUCUUACAAAUGUAACCGGAGAAAUACCAUCAGCCAUUGCCAAACUCUCCAACCUCCGGAUGGUCCGACUCAGCUGGACCAACCUCACAGGACCUGUGCCUUCAUUCUUUAGCCAGCUCAAAGCCUUGACAUAUCUAGACUUGUCGUUCAAUCAGCUCUCGGGCUCGAUCCCUCCCUCUCUAUCUCUCCUUCCCAACCUCGCUGCUCUUCACAUGGACCGCAACAGACUCACUGGAACAAUUCCUGAAUCCUUCGGAGCGUUCACUGGAUCAUCCCCGCCAGACCUCUUCCUCUCGCACAAUCAACUCACAGGCUCGGUCCCAAAAUCUCUAGGCAGUUUGAACUUCUCAAGAAUCGAUUUUUCUAGGAACACACUUGAAGGAGAUAUUUCUUUCUUGUUCGGGAGAAACAAGACAUUGGAGGACGCAGAUUUUUCGAGAAUUUUGUUUGAGUUUGAUAUUUCGAAGCUUGAGUUUCCAGAGAGUUUAGAUACUCUGGAUUUAAACCAUAACAGAUUAAAGGGAAGUGUUCCAGAGGCGUUGACUGCACUGGAAAAUUUGCAGCAAUUUAACAUCAGUUAUAACAGACUGUGUGGGCAGAUUCCUGUAGGAGGCAAAUUACAGAGCUUUACUUACACUGAGUACUUUCAUAACCGUUGCCUCUGUGGUUCUCCGUUACCUGCAUGCUAGGCUUAAAGCUGGGAGGAACUCGUUUAUAUUUUACCACCGCCAUUGUUAUGAAUCUAUUUAACUUUGUCACAGAACAUCAAUUCAUAUUUACAAAUAAAAUUUCCUGAGAAACACAAUUACAAAUUUA